AUGGCUCGCAGACGCAAAAAUCGCACACAUCUGAAGGGUGCAGGGGCAGCUGCACAGAGCGCGAACGAUGGUGCCCCAAAGUCCUUCAUCAUCAAACAUGGACAAGUGGGUUCUUCUGUUACACAGCUGGUUCGUGAUCUACGAAAAGUUAUGGAACCAAAUACGGCCAGCCGUCUGAAGGAACGUAACCGUAAUAAAUUAAAAGACUACCUGACUAUGGCUCCUACGCUGGGGGUCACACAUUUGCUGGCUCUUACUGUCACAGACGUCGCACCGUCACUGCGCAUAAUUCGACUUCCCGCAGGACCUACUCUUAGCUUCCGCGUGGAACGAUACAGCUUGAUGAAAGACAUCUUGAAAACAUCUCGAUCCUCACGAAGCAUGGGGAUGGAGUAUCUCACUGCCCCACUGGUCGUCCUCGCUUCAUUUCCUCCACCCUCGCCCGAAACGCCCCCACAUCUCCCUCUACUGAUGAAAUCAUUCCAAUCCCUCUUCCCUCCAUUAUCCCCGAACUCGAUGUCAUUGUCCAACUGCCGUCGGAUCGUCCUGAUAGCAUACAACCCUGACAGAGGAACCGUCGAUUUCCGACACUAUGUCAUCACUGUAAAACCAUAUGGCGUCUCGAAGCGCGUCCGACGCGUGUUAGAAGGCGCCCCCAAAAAAUCAUCAACCAACAACUCAAGUGGGUUUUUGGACCUCGGAAGCGAGAAAGAUGUCGCGGACUUUUUGCUUAGAAAAAGAGGGGAGCCUGGACCAGGGAGCGACGGGUAUGAGUCUGCGGCAUCGUCGGCUUCGAGUGCUGCUGGGGAUGAUGGGGAUGCGGUAUCCUUGGCGGAUGAUUAUGUUGGUCGGAAUAAUAAGAAGGGACAGAAGAAGGCUGUUCGACUGAGUGAAGUUGGUCCGAGGAUGGAGUUGAGGCUGAUUAAAAUUUCUGAAGGCGUUCCAGGGAGGGAAGGCGCUGUGUUGUAUCAUGAAUUUGGUGCGUCCCAAAUUAAGCUUAAAAAAUCAAAGGCCGAAGCUGCUGCACUUAAGGCUUCUCAUGUUGCCAAGGAGAGACUGCGAAAACAGAGACGGGAGGAACAAGAAAGCAACGUGCAACGGAAGAAAGCGGAAAAAGAACAAGGAUUGCGGAAGAACCAAGAGGAUUCUGAUGAGGAAGGUAACGAGGAAGGUCAAGAUGAAUGGGACGAAGAGGAGGAGAUAAGUGAAGUGGGUAGCGAUGACGAGCAUAGCGAAGCACCAGGCAGCGACGAAGAGGAAAGUGAUGAUGAACCCGAAGAGAGGCCACCUGCCAAGAAAGUUCGAAUACGAGGAAAACGGUAA